AUCUAUGUAAAAAAAAAAGAAAGAAAACACGAAAGCAAGAUGUCUGCAAGCUGUAGUAUGUUUAUUAAAAGGUAUCGGUACGCUACGUGACGUAGCCAAGAUCGGCCGACAAAUGAUUAUUAAAAUGCGAGAGGAAUUGUGCCGUGAUGGCCGCAUCCUUUAAUCGCUACACCCUGAGCUUGCCAGAAGUUGAGAAGUGCGAGGGUGUCAAAACGGAGUGUCACUCUGAUCACGCCACUGCGAAUUUAUCAUCCUCGAGGAAUAUUCACUCAUCCCCGGUAACGUCAGUCACACCUGUCACUGUACCUCUUUGUAUUCUUGGCGAAGUGCAGCUUCGUUUUCUAUGUCCUGAGGACCUGGAGGAGGUUCGCGCGCUUUGUCAAGAUUGGUUUCCUAUAGAUUAUCCAUACUCCUGGUACGAGGACAUAACAAGCUCUUCAAGGUUUUAUGCCUUAGCUGCUGUCUAUGGCGGUGUGAUUAUUGGCCUUAUUGUGGCUGAGAUUAAACCAUAUGCCAAAUUGAACAAAGAAGAUCGUGGUAUACUUUGUUCCAGCCUUGGAAAAGAUUCUCUUGUGGGCUAUAUCCUUAGUCUAGGAGUACGACGUGCAUAUCGUCGAAAUGGAAUUGCAUCCUUGCUUUUGGAGCAGCUCCUGGCACAUGUCACUGCUCCAGAACGGUCUUCGGUGAAAGCUGUCUUCCUGCAUGUUCUCUCCAGCAAUGCACCAGCUAUUCUCUUCUAUCAAAGAUGUCACUUUAGAUUGCAUAGCUUUCUACCAUAUUAUUACUCCAUCCGUGGAAAGUGUAAGGAUGGCUUUACCUAUGUGCUCUAUGUAAAUGGGGGACAUGCACCCUGGGGUCUUUGGGACUGGAUGCGACACUUGGCUGGAGCAAUGGCUAGUCUUGGACCAUGUAGAGUACCCCGGUGGAUAUGGCAGCGACUCUUAUGGGCAGCCACGCUUCUUUCUUAUCAUAGAUGAUACUUUUGCAACGAACGAAUAACCAAUGAAAAUUAUAUUCGCCGCUGGAUUCAUAAGAGGAUGGAUUGGCAAAAAAGCUAUAUGCCAUUGCAUCUAAAAUGUGCACAAGUACCGCGAGGAUCAUGACCAUAUUUAAUUUGUACCUCUUUAUGUAGAUGAUAGCCAUGACACGAAAGAAUCCCAACGAUAUCCUUGCAUACCAAAGUUGUAGGAUAAAUGCCACAAUGACACUGGACAGGAUCAAAUCCUACUUGUUAUAUAUAUAUAUGCGUAUUUAUAUAAUUAUAUAUAUAUAAUGUCAAUGAAUAGCUGUAUAUAAUAAUGUAAUAACA